UUCAAGAAAGUGCAAAGAAGCGAAAAGUCUGGAGCUGGAUUUGAGGAUAUUUAUGAGCCAACAUUAUGGUUCUAUAAUAUUCUAAAUUUUCUCGAGGAUCAAGAGGAAAGUGCACCUAGCACAUGUUCAAUGGAAUAUGAUAGUUUAGAAGAGACUUCACCAAAAACAUCAACAACACAACAUAGACUAAAAAAACGUAAAAUUACCGAGGAAGAUAAUUUAAUUAAAAUAGCGUGCGAACACCUGAAAUCACAAAAUAACAGUAACCAACAAAACAACAAUGACCCAGAUGAUGUGGUUGCCAAAUCAUGGGGUGCGCAAUUAAAAGAGAUGGAGCCUCAACAAAAAAUAUUGGCGCGUAAAUUAAUAUCGGAUGUUUUGUUUCAAGGAUGUGUUGGAAAUUUGAAUAAUUCGCACAUACAGGAAUUAUUCAACAUAUUUCAGUCUAGACCAACAACAGCAAUUUCUUACGUAUCGCCAGUAGAGCUUAUAAAUGCUCCAUAUGAUCCAACAACAUAUAAUUCACAGGAAUCAAUACAGGGAUUCUACGCGAAUUUUCAAUAAAAUUUUUUUUAUACUACUGAAAUUAAAUUCAAUCAAUUGAAUAUAAAGA